CUUCAUACCGACUCUCUUUCAUCAUAUCAUUUAGCGACACCAUCCACUGCCUAGAUACUGCACACCAUCAUGAGUAGCACAAAUAGGAUAGACAUUGCGUUGAUUGAAGAUGGGGAUAUGCCAGCAUGCUUUAAGAUUGUUUCCGAAACCUUCGGCCACGACGCACCCUUUGUCGACAUCUAUUUUCCAAAUCACGAUACCUCAUACGGUCAAGUACAAGGUUCCAGCCGCUUAUUGGCAUGGAAACAUGCGUCGCGAGAUUCCGUGUUCCUGAAGGCAGUCACAUCUGUUGAUGGCGACAGGACAAGUAAAGACCAUAUAGUAGGGCUGGCUGUCUGGACGCAUAUGAAAGCUAUCCCGCCUCAGAAACUUGAAGACGCCGAGAACGUCGAAGAGAUCUGGCCAGACAUGAACGAUCGCAAAUUCAUGACUGCUCUGUGGGAAGACUACGUCAGGCCGCGAUCGCAAGCUGUCAGAGACUCUAAUGGAAAUGGCGUCUAUGUCCUAGAGCUCCUAGCUGUCCACCCUCGCUAUCAGCGCUUGGGUGCUGGCGCGGCACUUGUUUCGUGGGGGACCAGGGCUGCCGAUGAGGCAGGAGUGAAAGCCGUUGUCGAAGGCACGCCAGCUGGAAGACGUCUAUACGAGAAAUGCGGGUUUUCUACAGAGAUUGAGGAAAUGAGCUUUAAUAUAGGGGAAGGAUUCGCAGGACGGCGUAUACCGAAACUAAUAUUCUUGGUGCGCGAGCCGGCGCUUUAGUGAUUAAGGUUAUCUUAACCUCUAAGAUCACCUGCACCGACUCUGUGUAGCCAUGUCUAAACUUGAUGAAAUGGCGAAACCAAGUAUGAAAUUGCCACCCGCAGUCUAUCAAAUCAUAAUGAAACUUAUGCCCAAUCUGAACCACCGUCCCAUGCCUCA